CCGCCGGGAGGAGCCGAGUGACACUGACGCUCCGCUCUAUGAGCUUUGCUGCGCACCAACCGAUUUACGGCAGCGCGGCCGUUGGCGUCGAGACCAAAGAUCUGGUUGAGACGGAGACGCCGGUGACGGAGGCUCGAAUCACAGCCUCCUGUCCCCGACCCGCCGCUCCCAGUCCCAGGGACGGGCAACCACAACAACUCCCCCGAAGCGGCGGUGGCGGCAACAUUGGCAUUGUGGACGCUAUGCUGCACAAGGACAUUCGGCCCUUCGAGUCCCUUCCGCCACUCCGCACCACCAUGGCCCAUGUGCCCUCCACAUCAGGCACCUCAUCUAUCUCCCGCAACCACCAGGCCAGUGUGCUGGAGGGUUCCACAUGCUCACCUCUCUCCUCAGUCCUCAAUGUAUCACCCUGCAUCCUCAGACCAUACCCCACCAUUUUUAAUCAUCCAACAGGAGCGUGACAUCCUCUCCACGCCCAAACCCUGCUUUACAAAAAGAAGAGCCCUGACCCAAAAUGUCACACAUUGAUGUUCUCCAGACAUGUGUGGAAAUCCCGGUGUGGGCAGGGGGACACGCCCCGCCCGCGUUUUGAAAGGUGAGGGACCAUUUUCCCCCAUGUUUUGUAAUCGGAUUUUGAAAUUCGGUUAAAAAAAUUAAUUAAAAUUUCCGCUUUCCACGAGACAGUCUCUGUUAACAUCGUAUUAACACGAUAUGUCACCAGUUGUGUUUUGACCUUCAAGUAUUACUAAAGGUAUUCACAGAGAAUUUCUUAAAGCUGUCUGAUGUGGGUCCAAUUACCAUUUGGAUGUAUUGGUGGACGGAUAAGAUUUAAACAGGUAUCGGAUUUAAACGGGUCAGGUCAUUAAGGGCUGCAGUUGAACGGGUUAGUGGCUGGCUUGCAGGUAAGUCUCUCAUUCACGGUCACUUAUUUAGUAUUUUUUCCCAUCUCUCUCUCUAUCUCCCUCCAAGGUUGUUUCUUCUGUUUGCCUUUAUUUGCUUCAGUUUUAUUUGUUUAAGUUAUUUAUCACAUUGGAGAUUUUGAAAGAUUCAAGCGGGUAUCAGGCGCUUCAUAGGGCUGAAUCGGCCCAUUUGCGGGGUUUUUCAUUGCCCGGCGAGGCUUAAAAUCAAAUUGCUGCAUCGAGGCGAUCGGGGCUCCCGAUGUUGAAGCCCCCGCUAGCCAAUUUUAAGCCGCGCCGGGCGAUGAAAGGCCCUGCAAACGGGCCGAUUCAAACCCCAUGAUUCAGGGCGGACAAAUUUGUUUUUGCAUACAGCCAUACAGUAAAAUAAAGAACACAACCCACAAAUAGAGUCCAACAUAAAACAUCCCCACACAGCAGAAUCGAAAAGUUUCCCACUAUGAGGGAAGGCACCAAAGUCAGUCCUCUUCCUCUGAUGUUCACCUGUGGUCGGGGCCUCCGGAGCCCUCCGCAGUCGCCGCUACGGGCAGUCCGCCGCUCAGGCCCACUCCCCGGGAUGAUGGAACUCCUGCGUCGGAACGUGAGGUCUACCUCAGCGGCUUGGGCCUCUGAAUCGGCCGCUUCCUACCGGAGUCCGCGGCUCCCACAUCCCCGGGCGGAGAUUCACACUGGCGGCCCUCGGCAAAGGGCCCCAGGGACGCCGCGAUGUUGGAGUCAGCUGCUCUCUAGGUGUCAGCAGCUCUACAUUGGUGAGACCAAGUGGAGGCUUGGCGAUCGCUUCACACAACACCUCGCUCGGUUCGCAAUAACCAACCUGAUCUCCCGGUGGCAUCCUGAAGCAGCCUGAGAAGGGAAUACCAAACAACACAACUGCAUUUUAAGUGAAGGAUAAAUUACUGAAAUAGUGGUGGUGAUCCUCUCCUAUGCCUUUCUAGAUCACCCAUUUUGGAUGCUCUAGGAUUACUUGGCAGAUAGCCUUUACAUAUUGGGUAAGGGGUUGGUGUUGUCUGAAGGACAAGUGAUGGCAAGGACACCAGGGGAAUUUCAUGCUUUUCUUCUAAUAGUGCCCUGUGUUCUCUUUGAUUGGAUUGAAAGAUACAGCAUGGAAACAGGCUCUUCGUCCUGUCAAAUCCAGGCUGACCAUUGAUCAUCCGUCCACACUGUUCUAUUUUAUCCCGCUUUCACAUCCACUUUCUACAUGCUUGGGGCAUUUACAGAGGCUAAUUAACCUAGAAAUGUGCACCUCUAGGAUGUAGGAGGAAACCGGAGCACCUAGAUCACAAGGAAACCCACGUCACAAGAAGAAAGUGCAAACUCCACACAGACAGCACCCGAAAUGAAGGUCAAACCUAGAACUCUGGCACUGUGAGACAGUAGCUCCAUCAGCUAUGCCAUGAUACCACCCUUUUUAUCCUGCCUUGAGAGUGGAGGUUGAUCGCUCAUCUAAAAACUGCAAUACAAUCACCAGUGCCAUAGUAAUGCGCUGCAGUCAGUUUACACAAUUGUACUGAAGCUUUUGGAUUGGGCUUGGCAUCGCACAAAAGGUCUGAGCAGAACUUAAUGACUAAAACAAUAGAACAUAAUGUCUUGGUGGUACAGUUAAAUAAAGUUAGCAGGUAGUGUUUUGCCCCUUCAUAAGAAUACUUCUAAUCAAGAUGGUAUCCAAAGCAGUCCUGAAAUUCACAAUAAUCGGAGUAGCCACAGUAAUUGUAUUGAAGAGAGAGAAUAGAAGAGAAAAAUACCAAGUCUGAUGAAAGUUUGACAUUUCAAAGGCAAUGAAAUGACAAAUACUGACCUAAUUCUAAAGGAAUCUAUUGUAAAUAAAGUGUCAUAUCCAGCCUUUUUAAAAAAUCAAGAUCAUAUGAUUACAGUGCUCAACAGUACCUCCCUCCACCCUGCUGAAAUUGCUCAAAACAAAGAUAAGAACCUGCGCCUGGCAGAGGUGGAGAAAUUACAUUAGAAGUCCAAAACAUGGCAGCAAAGCAGAAUUUCCAGUGCUUGGAGGACCAGCUCGUGUGCCCUGUUUGUCUGGAGGUCUUCAAGCAGCCUUUGAUGCUCCAGUGUGGUCAUAGUUAUUGCAAAGACUGUGUCCUAUCUCUGUCUGGAAACCUGGACAACUAUUUUACCUGCCCUGUGUGUCGGAAGAUGGUGGACAGCAGCAGCUCUUCUCCUAAUGUAUCACUAGCUCGUGUUAUUGACACCUUGACAGUGAUAAGUGGGUCCAGUGGCAAUCAAGAAAACUGCAGGGAUCACCACAACCCCCUGAGCCUCUACUGUGAGAAAGACCAUCAGAUAAUCUGUGGACUCUGCGGAAUUAUUGGACAACACAAGCAACAUAAAUUAACCCCCCUCUCCAGUGUGUAUGAGAGGAUGAAGGAACAACUUGCUUUGCUCAUAACAGGAGCUCAGAUGCAAAAGAACAACAUGGAGAGGGACACAAACAGAUUAAAACACAACAGAGCUCGUAUUAUUAAUGAAUCUGAUGUCUGCAAAUUAGUGAUUCAGAAAGAAUUCCAGGAACUCAGAGGUUUGGUUGAUGAGGAAGAGGCCAACUUCAUUCAGUCCACACAGUUAAAGUGUACCACUACUGUUGAAACAAUUGAUGAACAACUGGAAGAAAUGUCCAAAACACUGAAACAGCUGAAGGAAGUUGAGGUUUCAUUGAAAAAAUUGGGCAAUGAAAAUCAUUUAGAUUUCAUAAGAGAGUACAGUUCGAUCGCCUCAAUUUGCAAACAGAUGCCGGAGCCACAAUCAGACAAAAUCUUCAGUACCGUUUUGUUCAAGCCUGGCUUUAGGCAUGAUGAUAUUAAACUAACCGUUUGGAAAAAACUGCAGAAGCGGAUUUUACCAGAACCAGAGGAAUUAAAAUUAGAUCCCAGCACUGCACACCCACUUCUGAUCAUAACCAACAGUAGUACCAGGGUAGAAUGUGGAACUUACCUCAAGCGCUUGUCGUUGGUACAGGAGCGAUUUGAUUACAACACCUGCAUUCUUGCUAACAAAGGGUUCUCCUCAGGCAAGCACUAUUGGCAAGUGAUUGUCGAUGACAAGAUUAGAUGGCGCCUUGGUGUCAUCAAAGGUACCACAGGCCGCAAAGGGAAGUUGACCAAGACUCCUGAGAAUGGUGUGUGGAUGAUUGGAGUGAAAGAAGGAAAAAAUUAUGAGGCAUAUCAGAAUCCCAAAAUUCAGCUUUCACUCUUGGUGAGGCCACGGAAGAUUGGCGUGUUCCUUGAUUAUGAGGGAGGGCGACUUUCAUUCUAUAAUGUGGAUAAUCCGGAUGAGCUGAGUUUGAUCUAUGUUUUUGAUUCAGCCUUUCAAGGAAAGAUUUAUCCAAUUUUUGACCUCUGCUGUGUCGACAGAAGUAAUGACUUAGCACCUAUCACACUCUGCCGUGUUUGAAUUUAUUCCAACAAACAGCAAAAGGCAUAAAUCAAAAAUAUAAACCACUACUUAUCUAAUGCCCUGGUUAGCAGUUAUUGUUGCAUAAUUAAUACUAUCCUAAUCUUAUAACACGACAUCAUUUAAGUGGCAGCAUUUAGUUCACCCAAUCUUUCUUUUAAACUUACUAUCUGAUCUCCUGAAUUGGCAAGAAAUAUGUUUGUAAUGUUCAGCUGUAAAGUAGAUUUUCAUUUCACGGAGCUUAAUUGCUUAGGACAUUGAACUGUGGGGUUUAUUGGUUUAUAUAAAUUAUCCAAAUGUCAUGAAAUUUAAUGAAAAGUGCUGUAAUCAAAUCCACGACAAUUAACCAUUUUUUAAAAUGUUCAAACUUGGGUCAAAAGAACCCAAUGUGAAAAGUAUAACAUUCUAUCUCAUCUUUUUUCAAGAUUUUUCCAUCUCCAACAAAGAGUGAUUUUGUUUUGUGUUUUUAUUUGUAUGAUGUCUGGAAUGUAACAAUUUAGUGAUGGAUGCAAAUGUUAUUGUCCAUAUUAAGUUUGUAUCUUGAAAAUUUAUUGUAUGGGGGGGUGGGGUGGAUAUUUGGUCCAUCAUGCCUUGGCUGACUCUUUUAAAGAUCUGACCAAUUUGUCUUAUUUCCCUGGUCCAUUCAACAAGGGUCCUUUAUGUUUUCCCCUACUCUGAAAAGAAUGUAGACAAGCUUUGUGAGCAUGUUGCCAGGAUUUGAGGCCUGAGCCAUAGGGAAAGAUUGGAUAGGCUCAAAUUUUAUUCCUUUGAGUGCAGAAGGCUGUGGGGUGAUCUUAUAGUGGUGUAUAAAAUUAAAAGAUUUUAUAAGACACUUGGACAGGUCCACAUAUAGGGAAGGUUCAGAGAGAUAUGGGCCAAAUGCAGGCAGGUAGGACUAGUGUAGAUGGAGCAUCUAAGUGGCCAGGGCAGGUUGGGCCAAAGGGCCUGUUUCUGUGCUGUAUGAUUCCAUGGAGGGAGGAGUGAAUGCACAGUGUAUUUUUCCCAGGGAAGGGGAAACAAGAACUGAAGGGCAUAUGCUAAGGUGAAAAUGGAAGGAUUUGAACCUGAAGGGUUGUCAGAUUUUAAUAAAGGCGAUUUUUAUACAUUUUGGUUUUAUCUUGUAGAAAUAACAGCAGUGUUUAUACAUAGUCCCCCCAUUUCAAGGCACCAUAAUGUUUGGACACAGCACAAUGUCAUGUAAAUGAAAGUAGUCAUGUUUAGUAUUUUGGUGCAUAUCCUUUGCAUGCAAUGACUGCUUGAAGUCUGCGAUUCUUGGACAUCACCAGUUGCGGGGUGUCUUCUCUGGUGAUGCUCUGCCAGGCCUAUAUUGCAGCCCUCUUUAGCAUAUGCUUGUUUUGGGGGCUAGUCCCCUUCAGUUUUCUCUUCAGCAUAUAAAAGGCAUGCUCAAUUAGGUUCCGAUCGUGUGAUUGACUUGGUCACUCAAGUAUUUACCAUUUUUUUUAGCUUUAGCAGUGUGUUUGGGAUCGUUGUCUUUCUGUAGAAUGAACCCCCCAGCCAAUGCGUUUUGAGGCAUUUGUUUGAACUUGAGCAGAUAGGAUGUGUCUUCAUUGACCUGCCAGUCCCUUUGCGAUUGGAAAGCUCACCGGUGCUCUCUUUCUUCUUAAUUAUGUUAUAAACAGUUGAUUUUGCUAAGCCUAAAGUUUGGCUGAUGUAUCUAACAGUUUUAUUCUUGCUUCUCAGUCUCAUAAUGGAUUCUUUGACUUUCAUUGACACAACUUUGGUCCUCAUGUUGAUAAACAGCAAUAAAAAUUUCCAAAGGUGAUGGAUGGAGGAAUACUAGGUGCUGAGACCUCUCUUAUACCUGCUGUACAGCUGUAAUUUCUACAUGAUGAAACCGAAAUGUAUGAAAAUGGCUUUUAAUAAAAUCUGACAAUGUGCACUUUAACCACAUGUGAUUUCCUCCAUUACAAAUCUCAAAUUGUGGAGUAGAGGAAAUAAAUGAAUGAUGGGUCUUUGUCCCAUACAUUAUGGAGGGCACUGUAGGUAAUUUUGUCAAAGUUACAUUUAUUUUUCUGAGGAAUUGAUAAUGGGUCUACAAAUUGUACUUUGUGGAUGGUUUUUACAACUGAUGAUACAUUGAAGAAAUUUUAAGUACUCUAAAAAAUAACCAUGCUGAUUUUCAAAAUAAUAUUUGGACACAACAGAAAUAAUCUUAUUUCCUUGAUCCCUGGGCAUCUUUUUAAUUUGUAGUUGGAUCUUAAAUCUACUGAUUUCAUUCAGGCUUGAAUACACGACUAAAUAGCACUCAUGUGAAAUUUCCUUUCAUUGCAAAGUGCUAGAAAGUUGCGCAACAUCUAAUCUGAUUGUAAAUUGUUGUUAGUUUUUUGUUGAAUGUUCAGUUCCAUUUGUAGAAUCAUUACAGAACAUUUUGAUGAAUUAAGUAUUUUCUUUCUAAUUUGUAACAUCAGAUCCAUAAAUCAACCUGAGGAACAUGUACUGGAUAAAUAUGGACAACUUAUUGAAUGCUGCAUGUAUCGUUACGAAUUUAUAAAUAAAACAGUUGAUUUUGUACUGGUAACAUUUGUUUGUUUUUUUUGUUUGAUAAUUCGCACGGAAAACACAUUUGCCCUUCAAGCAUUGAGUAUGGAUACAAUUCCAGCACACUAGCUUUGGAGUCUGUUUGUGAAUCCAGCAAAUGCAUCAGGGACUCUGAAGAAAUAUCUAUUAGCAUUUUGUUUACUGUCAUUUUAAAUGCAGCAAAAGCAAUUAAGGAAGGAAAGACAUGAAACAAUUCUUA